UCCUUCACUAGGUACCGUCUCAUCGGAGGCCCACGAUGUUGGUCAAGACGCUAAGCUGAGGGUGGGAAGUGAGCGAGUACAAAGCCCGACGCACAUCUUACAGCCACGCUUUCCCCAAGACCUUCCAAGCUUCGCCUGAUCGUCCACAGCUACAUGCAAUUUCCAAUUUCUCGACUCAAGUCGGAAUCCAGAUCAACAUGGCUGAACACAACACAGCUGUCGAGCCCAACAUGACCGAGAAGCAUGAGAAGCGCGAACAGCCUAGCGACAGUGGCAGCCGGACGCCGUCGUCGGAUCACAGCAGCCGCGCCGUCGACCAGAAAUCAAAGUCGCCUGGAGGCUUGAUGGGAUUCUUUGCCAAGAUGGGCGAUCUGCCAGAGUGGGGGUUCCGCGGGAAACCUCUUGAGGGCAAGCUGCUCAACUGGAGUAUCGGAUUCAUCGCGUCUUGCGGUUUCUUGAUGUUUGGUUAUGAUCAAGGUGUCCUUAGCUCGCUUCUGACUCUCGACGACUUUCAGAGGAGUAUCACCUUGAUGACGCCCCUGGACCAGUCAAACGCCCUGUGCUGGCUCGACUACCCCGAAAAUACCCAGCGAGACUACAGUCAGUGCACCGGUGAUCCAAACACGCAGGCCGCAGCCGUUGCUGUUUAUCAGAUUGGUUGCUUCCUAGGAGCUUUCCUGAUUCUCUUCUAUGGAGAGACCUGGGGGCGCAAGUCGUCCACGUUCUGGGGUAGCGCCAUCAUGAUUUUUGGAACGAUUUUGCAGGCUGGAGCCCACGAAUACGGAUUAUUCUCCGCUGGCAGGAUUAUUGGCGGUGUUGGAAAUGGAAUGGUCACAUCAACUAUUCCAACGUGGCAAUCGGAAUGCGCGCGGCCGCAUCAGCGCGGGUUCCUCAUUACCCUCUCUGGCGCUCUCAUCUCUGGUGGUAUCAUGAUUGCAUACUGGGUGGAUUACGGAUUCUACUUCCUCGAAGGUACCAUCCGCUGGCGGUUCCCCGUAGCUUUCCAAUCAUUCUUCACCAUCAUCGUCAUGAUUGGACUCCUUUACCUUCCAGACUCGCCCCGUUGGCUAGCCAUGAAGGGCCGUAUGGAAGAAGCUCGUAAAGUGACGUCUCGUCUUCUUGGUAAACCCAUUGAUGACGAGGAAGUCACUCUCGAAGUCAAAGCCAUUCAGGAUGCCCUCGAGGUUCAGAGCCAAGGCGGAGGUUUCCAGUACAAAGAGCUCCUGACAAACGGCCCUUCGCAAAACUUGAGGAGGACUCUGCUCGGCAUUGCCGCACAAUUCUUCCAGCAGAUCUGCGGUAUCAAUCUGAUUACCUACUACGCUGGCUUUUUGUUCGAGAAUUCUCUUGGCUUUGGUCCCGAACUUUCUCGGCUUCUCGCCGCUCUCAACGGCACCGAGUAUUUCCUAGCUUCACUGGUUGCUUUACCACUAAUUGAGAGAACCGGUCGACGCAAGCUGAUGCUUUUCGGCGCAUUCGGCAUGAUGGCAUCAAUGGCGAUCCUGGCCGGCACUGUCUCAACGGGCACAGUUGCAGACAACGGGGCCCCCAAUCUCGAGACUCGCUAUGGUGUCACCGCAACAGUCUUCCUCUUUGUCUUUAACUCAUUCUUCGCUAUCGGCUGGCUUGGAAUGACUUGGCUCUACCCUGCCGAGAUCACCAACCUCCGAAUCCGCAUCCAAGCCAACGCCCUAUCCACCUGCUCCAAUUGGCUUUCCAAUUUCCUGAUUGUCAUGAUCACGCCCCCUGCUUUUGCAAACUUGGGCUAUCAGACAUAUGUGAUGUUUGCGGUCUUCAACGCCGCCAUCAUCCCCUGCGUGUACUUCUUCUUCCCUGAACCCAAGGGACGGAGCUUGGAGGAGCUUGAUGUUAUCUUCGCCAGCGCGCACGCCGACAAAGUUAACCCCGUCAAACGCGCCAGAGAGAUGCGUCACGUUGAGGGGAGAGAGCUUGAGAACGAGCUGGAAAAGUACUUUGGCUCAAGUGAGAUGGUAGAGGACGCUCGUCCUAUGAUGCACUAAGAUUAGCCAGAGUCAUUGUACAGAGGCUCUUGGGAGCAUUAUGUCUCACUUCCACUAUUCACACCCGAGAUACUACUUUGCUAAUCAUAUUCCAUGAAUCACUUCCAUAUAUCGUGGAG